AUGGCGCAUCCUAAGGUUUUCUUCGACAUGACCAUCGGUGGACAGCCGGCGGGACGGAUCCUGAUAGAGUUGUACACCGACAAGACUCCCAAGACGGCUGAGAAUUUCCGAGCUCUGUGCACCGGUGAGAAAGGCGUCGGACGCAGCGGCAAGCCGCUCCACUUCAAGGGGUCUUCGUUUCACCGCGUGAUCCCUAAUUUCAUGUGCCAGGGAGGAGAUUUCACCGCCGGGAACGGAACGGGUGGGGAAUCGAUCUACGGAGCCAAGUUCGAGGACGAGAAUUUCGAGAGGAAGCACACCGGAGCUGGGAUUCUGUCGAUGGCGAACGCGGGACCCAACACCAACGGAUCUCAGUUCUUCAUCUGCACCGUGAAGACCGAGUGGCUCGACGGGAAGCACGUGGUUUUUGGUCAGGUGACCGAAGGCUUGGACGUUGUGAAGGCGAUCGAGAAGAUAGGAUCUUCCUCUGGAAAGCCGGCGAAGCCAGUGGUUAUCGCCGAUUGUGGUCAGAUAUCUUAA